AUGGCCAACGCCGGGAAAAUCACCAUCUCGAUCGACCGCGGUGGCACAUUCACAGACGUCCACGCGAUCGUGCCAGGUCGGUCAGACAUUAUUCUAAAGCUUCUUUCUGUCGAUCCAUCACACUAUCAAGAUGCACCGACGGAAGGCAUUCGCCAAAUCUUGGAGCUCGCCACUGGUGAGCCACAUCCUCGUGGUCAACCAUUGAAGCUUGAUCGCAUUGGGUGCCUUCGCAUGGGUACAACGGUCGCUACAAACGCACUGCUGGAGCGAAAGGGCGCUCGGUCAGUACUUUUCACGACUAAGGGAUUCCGUGAUCUUCUCAAGAUUGGAGACCAGUCCCGUCCGGCCAUUUUUGAUUUGUCCAUGGCCCGUCCUGGUGUACUGCCAGAGGGCGUUGUCGAAGUGCACGAGCGAGUAGUACCAUGUCAUCCAGCAGCUGACGAAACUUGCUUUCCUAAUGCUCGAGUGGUCGAAGGUGUCACUGGAGAGAAAUUCCGCAUCGUCCAAGAAUUGGAUCUAGCCCAUGUGCGGGCGGAGCUACAGCGUCUCAAAGAGCAGGGUUAUCAGUCUCUCUCGGUCGCUCUGGUACACUCCUACGCCUAUCCAGAUCACGAGAACAAAAUUGGCAAAAUUGCUGAGCAGAUGGGCUUCUCUGUGACCCUAUCCUCGAAACUCCAGCCCAUGAUCAAGGUCGUUCCUCGUGGGAUGUCCGCUGCGGCCGAUGCUUAUCUCACCCCUGUCAUCAAGACUUAUAUCGACUCCAUUUCUGCCAGUUUCGAGGGCGGCCUUGACAAAAAUCAGACUUGCCGAUUUGAAUUCAUGCAAUCAGACGGUGGCCUGGUAGACUUCCGGAAAUUCAGCGGACUGAAAGCUAUUCUUUCUGGCCCUGCUGCCGGAGUGGUAGGGUUCGCAGCAACCAGUUGGGACCCUAUUGAGAAGAUUCCUGUCAUCGGCUUCGACAUGGGUGGUACAUCCACCGAUGUUUCUCGAUUUGACGGACAUUUGGAGCAUGUGUUUGGGUCCAAGGUUGCUGGAAUCAUGAUUCAGUCGCCUCAACUUGACAUCAACACAGUUGCGGCCGGCGGUGGCUCUAUUCUCUCAUGGCGCAACGGUCUCUUCUACGUUGGCCCUGAAUCCGCCAGUGCUCAUCCAGGCCCUGCAUGCUAUAGAAAGGGGGGCCCUUUGACUGUGACCGAUGCCAAUCUUUUCCUGGGCCGACUGCUUCCCGAAUAUUUCCCCCAUAUUUUCGGCCCCAACGAAGAUGAGCCGCUCGAUGUUGAGAUCACCUCGAAAAAAUUCCAUGAAUUGACCAGAGAAGUCAACGAAGAGCGGCGCCGCAAAUCGCAGCCAGAGUAUUCGCCUGAAGAAGUGGCGUUGGGAUUCUUGAAGGUUGCUGACGAGUCUAUGGCCCGACCCAUUCGUAACCUCACCGAGGCUCGAGGCUUCGAGACUGCAUCACAUCAUCUAGCUUGCUUUGGAGGUGCGGGAGGUCAGCAUGCUUGCUCAGUAGCGCUGUCCCUGGGAAUUUCCCGCAUCAUCAUACACAAGUAUUCUUCGGUCUUGUCCGCAUACGGACUUGCCCUUGCAGAGGUUGUUAAGGAGUCACAAGAGCCAGUAUCGUCGGACUAUCUUGCCUCGCAAGCUUCUCUCCUCCGGCGCUUUGAUGAAAUGGCCGCCGCUGCCACGAAGGAAAUGCAAGAUCAAGGGUUCGAGCCGAGCCAGGUACGACAUGAGCAAUAUCUCAACAUGCGCUAUGAAGGAUCGGAUACCAGUCUGAUGGUCUUGCGGCCUGAAGAUUCUUCUGAUUUCCUGACUGAGUUCCGUGAACGUCAUCGUCGGGAGUUCAACUUCAACUCUGAGCGAGCGAUCCUAGUGGAUGACAUACGUGUGCGAUCAAUUGCUACUUCAAGAGUUCGCACUGAGCGCAGCCCACUUCUGCAGCUCAAAGACGCGAAUCUUCGAGACGUAACGACGAAACCCGCAAGCACGACUUUGGCUUACUUUGAUGGGUACGAUAGGCGUGUCGAGACCCCAGUCUAUCUGCUUGAUCAACUUGAUCGGCACACCCGAGUCCAAGGUCCUGCUAUGAUUAUAGACAAAACACAGACAAUUGUCGUCGCUCCCAACUCAGUGGCGAGUUUGCUGGAGACGUGUGUGGUUAUCCAUAUCCUUGAGGACAAGCAAAUGAUCUCGGCCCCAAAGGCCCAGCAGGCAUCCGAUAUUGAUCCGAUUAAGCUGAGUAUUUUUGGACAUAGAUUCAUGUCCAUAGCUGAGCAAAUGGGACGGACACUCCAAAAAACAUCCGUCUCAACCAACAUCAAAGAGCGCCUUGAUUUCUCAUGCGCUUUGUUCUCCCCUGAUGGAGGACUUGUUGCAAAUGCACCGCAUGUUCCUGUACACCUGGGCUCCAUGCAGUUCGCGGUCAGAUACCAGCAUCAGAAGUGGCUCGGUAACCUGAAAGACGGGGAUGUUCUGGUGGCCAAUCACCCUAGUUGCGGUGGCACACAUCUGCCCGACAUUACGGUCAUCACACCUGUCUUUGAUAGACCAGGCGGCACCGAGAUCAUCUUCUACGUUGCUUCACGGGGGCAUCACGCAGACAUUGGCGGGAUUUUGCCCGGUUCAAUGCCCCCUAAGUCCACUGAACUUUGGCAGGAAGGCGCUGCAAUUGAAGGCGACAAGAUUGUCAGCAAUGGUGUGCUCGAUGAGGCUCGUCUAAUCGAGCUCUUGGUUACCAACCCUGCACAGUACCCCGGCUGCUCUGGAGCCCGAUGCAUCAGCGAUAAUCUGUCUGACCUCAAGGCGCAGAUUGCGGCUAACACCCGAGGUAUCAGCUUGAUUCAGACACUCAUCAAUGAGUACGGCGUCGCCACUGUUCAAAAGUACAUGUAUGCCAUACAGGCUACUGCCGAGACUGCCGUCCGAAAUCUGCUCAAAAGCCUGUAUCAAAAAUUUGCGGGACAGCCCCUUGAAGCGGUUGACUACAUGGACGAUGGUACCCCCAUCCGCCUGAAGGUCACCAUCGACGGAUCGUCCGGAUCUGCAGUCUUUGAUUUCGAGGGCACAGGCACUGAGGUAUACGGCAGCUGGAACGCGCCUAUAGCCAUCACUCAUUCAGCCAUCAUCUAUUGUCUGCGUUGUAUGAUCAACGCCGAUGUUCCGCUAAACCAGGGCUGUUUGGCUCCUAUCGACAUUCGAGUUCCGUCUCCUAGUAUUCUCUCCCCAACGAAAACCGCUGCGGUCGUCGGAGGUAACGUGGUCACAUCCCAACGCGUCACCGACGUCGUCUUCAAGGCAUUCCGGGCUUGUGCUGCGUCGCAGGGCUGUUGUAAUAACCUGACUUUCGGCACCGAUCCGAAAGUCGAUGCCGAGACUGGGCAAAUCAUCACCCCUGGCUUUGGUUACUACGAGACCAUCGCAGGUGGUGGCGGUGCAGGAAGUUCCUGGAACGGCCAGAGUGGCGUUCAGGUCCAUAUGACGAAUACUCGUAUCACAGACCCUGAGAUUCUGGAGAAACGGUAUCCAACAUUGCUGCGUCAAUUCACGCUUCGUGAUGGCUCCGCAGGUCGGGGCAAAAAUCCCGGUGGUGAGGGGGUUAUUCGUGACAUUGAAUUUUUGGCCCCUAUGCAGUGCUCCAUCUUGUCUGAGCGCCGUGUGCACCGUCCUUAUGGACUUGAAGGGGGCGAAGACGCACAGCCAGGACUCAAUCUAUGGAUUACAAAAAACAGAAAGACUGGUGAAGAACGCUCGGUGAAUAUCGGGGGUAAAAACACGGUCUCCGUUCAGACGCACGAUCGAGUGGUCAUAAUGACAGCCGGUGGUGGAGGCUGGGGCUUGCCGGAUAUUGCUACAUGA